CCAUGGCGUUUAACAUGGCUGGCAGAAGCUACAAUCUUCUGAAUUUACAUCAGAAAUAUUCUCUUUGUCAACCUUUCAUAAGUACGAUCGUAGAUAAAUUUAUUACACAAAGUGGAGCAGUUGUCUGUGUUGGAGGCUAUGCCACACUUUCUAAAGAGAAGAAAGACAAAAUUGCCAAUGGACCAGACCUAGGAGAUUUCAUAUCCGGCGAUGCCUCGCCAAGUCUGAGCUACUCGGGGAACUUGAUUAGGAAAAAGGGUGAGAGGCUGCGUCUUCCCCCUUGGCUGAAGACAGAGAUACCAGCUGGGAAGAAUUACACCAAAGUAAAAAACUCCUUGCGGAAGUUAAAGCUAAACACGGUAUGUGAGGAGGCAAGAUGUCCAAACAUUGGAGAAUGUUGGGGAGGAGGUGAAAAUCAGACAGCUACUGCUACUAUUAUGGUCCUUGGCGAUCAAUGCACAAGAGGAUGUCGAUUUUGCUCAGUAAAGACAUCACGGAAACCACCUCCUCCCGAUCCGAAUGAGCCUGUCAACACAGCAACGGCCAUAGCUGCUUGGGGUCUUGAUUACGUGGUGUUGACGUCAGUUGACAGAGAUGAUCUCCCAGAUGGUGGAGCUCGACAUUUCGCAGAAACGGUUCGCCAGAUUAAGACAAGGGACCCCAGAAUACGUGUGGAGUGUUUAACGCCGGACUUUCGUGGAGAUUUGAAGCAAGUUGAGACCGUUGCCGACGCUGGCCUCGAUGUUUAUGCUCACAAUGUCGAAACAGUCAGAGAAUUACAAGCAUUGGUUCGAGAUCCGCGAGCCAAUUACACACAAUCUCUCUCUGUGCUCGAGCAUGUCAAGAAAUACAAGCCAAGUUUAAUUACCAAGACGUCUAUUAUGCUUGGCUUGGGCGAGACUGAUGACGAGGUCAUGAGAACAAUGGAAGAUCUCCGUGCAAUAGAUGUUGAUUGCCUGACACUCGGCCAGUACAUGCAGCCGACCAAGCGACACCUGAAAGUCCAUGAGUACGUCACGCCAGAGAAAUUUGACCAUUGGGAGAAAGUCGGUGAGAAGUUGGGUUUUGCUUAUACAGCAAGUGGUGCGCUAGUCAGAUCUUCAUAUAAAGCAGGUGAAUUCUUCCUGAAAAAUCUUGCGGAAAAACGCCAAGCUGGGUCAGAGGAAAGCACGAUGGAUAUGGCUGUCAGUAAGCCCAUGGUUACAGGGUAAUCGACCACAGAUCUCAAAGACACUUGUGAUGGCUGUCACAGCAAUACCAGGCACAUGUCACUCUGAGCUUGGCAGGUGGAGACAGAUUGGUUGUUCAUGUCACUGUUGUCUGUCUGUACAAAAGAGGGGUUACCACAUCAGCCAACUUGGCAGUAAUUUUCUGCAGUUUAAAUUAUAAAAAGGGCAGUUGUGUGGGUUGACUAUAAUUGUGUUGAUCAGUGUUCUGUUGUUUCUAUAACCUUGACCCCGACCUAAUUAUUUAUUCAGAGAAACAAUGUAUCCUAUGUCUUGAAAUUUAAUACUUUGGGGCUUCAAUUGGUACAAUUUAGGAGGUGUGUUCAUAAUAUGAAUAUACUUAAUAUAGUGGGGCUUUCAUUGAUAGUGUUUAGGAGAUGUGAUCCUAAUGUGCUUUAUUUGUGCUGCUCCUGGAUAAAGAACAUUUGGAUUGUUAAUUUUAUUUUUACACUGUAUAAUACACGAAAAUCAAUAAAAGAAUUG